UUCAUUUGCAUACCAGGCAGAUUUUCAAGUAGAUGUCUUAAAAAGAAAAAACUCUUUCCAUUUGCCACAGUGUGAAGGUGAAGCACAAAACAUCUGCAAGAAAGGCUGUCUGAGCUUUGUAACUGGGUCAGAAGAAAAAGCGCUAAGGAGAGUGUACUUCUAUUUGAGGCUGGUUGUAAAUAUACUUUAUCCAGCCACAGAAGAAUGUAACAGAGUCGUACAGUAUCAUCUGACCUACAGACCAUUUUUAAAUCUGAAAUCUUUGGAAGGCAUUUUGAAGCUCCACAUAUAUUUCCUUCUCAGAAGUGCACUAACAAAAUGAGUACUACAGAUUUUGGUACCACAGAUUAUUCUUUUGAUACAGACUACGCUUCUCUAAUUAUAGCACCUUGUUCCAAGUCUGAAGUCAGGAGCUUCACAAAAGUGUUUCUGCCAGUUGCAUACUCACUGAUUUGUAUCGUCGGCCUAGUUGGUAACAUCUUUGUAGUGAUGACCUUUGCGUUAUAUGAGCGAACCAAGUCCAUGACGGAUGUGUACCUCCUCAACAUGGCCAUAGCGGACAUACUCUUUGUGCUGACUCUCCCGCUGUGGGCAGUGAAUUAUGCUGCUGACAAAUGGAUUUUUGGCGAUUUCAUUUGCAAAAUGGCCAGAGGUAUCUAUGCGAUCAACUUUAGCUGUGGCAUGCUACUUUUGGCCUUUAUCAGUGUGGACCGGUACAUCGCAAUUGUACAGGCAACAAAGUCAUUUAAACUCAGGGCAAGAACGCUCGCAUACAGUAAACUGAUUUGUUUGGCUGUGUGGGCAUCAGCCAUUUUAAUCUCCAGUUCCUCUUUUAUAUACAGCAAAAGUUAUAGCUUCUCCGGUAAUGAAACCAAAAUGAUUUGCGAUCACAGAUUUGACAAAACAUCUGACAGCAUUGUCCUGAAAUCACUGCUGCUGUGUCUACAAGUGGGAUUUGGAUUUUUUAUACCUUUCGUGUUCAUGAUUUUUUGCUAUGCAUUCAUUGUCAAGUCCUUACAACAAGCCCAGAAUUCCAAAAGAAACAAAGCAAUCAAUGUGAUUGUAUUAAUUGUGGCUGUUUUCCUAGUUUGCCAGGUGCCCUAUAACACUGUUCUUAUCGUGGCAGUUGCAAAUAUGGGUAAGACAGAGAAAUCUUGUGACUCUGAUAAUGUAAUGGCCUAUGCAAAAUAUACCACUGAGACCAUAGCAUUUUUACACUGCUGCUUGAACCCUGUACUCUAUGCAUUUAUUGGAGUGAAGUUUAGAAGUUAUUUUGUGAAGACAAUGAAGAACCUUUGGUGCAGGAGGUACAAGAAAUACAAUAAACGUGGUUCAAGGACAAAUUCUGACACUUAUACUUCACGACUGACAAGUGAAGUUCUGACUGACAAUGCAUCUUCUUUUACUAUAUGAUACAAUUUUAACAACAUUAUUUCUGAAGGACUCUGUUCGCCAAGCAACCCAAUCCAGUCUCACUUUGUCUGUAGUAGACAGUCUUUUGGGGCUUCUCUCUACCGCAAGGGGAGCAACCAUGACUUACAGUUCCUUUCAGGAAAAUAUUUAAGAUAAAGAAUAACACCAUCCCAUGGAAAACUGAAAUCUUAUUUACCUCUUUGAGCAUUCAUCCUCUUCUAAAGUGUGCUCUCACUUAUCAGAAAAGUGAAGUUUACAGAGGAGCUCUCCUUGUUUCUAAGAAAACUAUUGUGUCUUGUCUGUCCUACAUCUCUGAAAUAUCUCAAAAGCACAAAGGAAACAAAUCAGGCUAUGUCCAGGCUCAUUCUACUUGCAUUUCUGCUGUUUAUAUUAAUUAUUUAUACCUGGAAGUCUUAACUAAGUGUAGGUCUCUACUGUACUUUUGUGGUAGACAGGUUACUCUACAGAUAAUACUAACCUAAAUGGAUGACAUUUUGAGCAAAGCAUGGCAAAGAAAGCUAACAGAGAAAUGAAGAAACAGGUUCCAGGAAAAACUGGAAUAACUGGGCUUAGAUGUCAAAUCUCAUAAAUCUUUGCCUGGUUCUACACUCCACCUGCUCAUCAAGAACUGUAGAAGCUUAUACCAAGGCUGAGGCUGGUCAAAGCUGACAAAGAUACGUCUAUCAAAAUGAAUGUUUAAAAAAAAAAUGAUAAAAAACAAAACAAAGAAAACUGCAAAAUAAAGAGCACUGGAGCAGGCUCCUUAGAGCAGUGCUCAUGGCACCAAGUCUGCCAGAGUGCAAGAAGUGUUUGGACAAUGCUCUCAGAAGUACUGUUUCUUUUUUUGGGGGGGAUAGCCUUGCACAGAGCCAGAAGUUGGACUCAAUGACCCUUGUGGGUCCAAUUUGGGAUAUUCUAUGAUUCUAUAAUUAAUGUAUGUGCAGAAAGUUUCUCUGACAUCUAAUUGCUUGUCUUCUGAACUUCCUACCGGUUUUCUACAGUUCUUCUGCAAUGAGGGCAAACUGAUUUACUGUUAAGCGCAAUAUUCCGUUCCUAUGGCAGGAAUAAAUUAAUGCAAUAUGCAGCUGGAUGUUUGUCUUGGACUUUUUUUUAUGCUCAUGGAUGAGGAGACAGAGGAUUCUGGGUCAGUAACCACAUCUUUCAUAGCCAAGCAAAGGGCCAACUCUGGAGCCAAAAAAAAAGCUUCAGGAAUGUUGUUGAUGUGAUAUGACGUGAAACGAGUACUGCUUGUGCUGGUGUAAUCCAUCCUUGUUUACAGUGCACUGUGACAUUCUUAAAUGUCAAUGCCUGGUGUUAUAAAGACGUGUCUACUUAUCAUCACUGAAUAAUAACUUAGGCAAGAAUAUGAUUCAGAAAUAUGUAAAUGUGUAUGUGUGCAUUUGUUGUAUAUAGCACUGAUGAUAUAAUGUGUGAUAAUUCAACAAAUAAAAAAUGUAACAAAGAUAGAAACCUCAUCUCUAAGAUUCUGGCUUCAUGUAUUACCUUGAAAAUUCUUUUAUUCAUUGCAAAAUCUCUCAUACCUGAAGACUUAGAAUCUCUUUUCCCUUCAUCCUUCGUCACUCUCCACCCCUUUCUACAUGGUGGCCCUCUUACACAGCACCGCCCUUCCUGAACACAUCCUGCCUGGGCUUCCCACAGGCUGCAACUUUCCAAGCACUGCUCCAAUAUGGCUCCAUAUCAUGGGGCUCAUCCAUUCAAGGAGUUCAGAAGGAGGCAGGUCCUCUUUGUCCAGAGUGAAGUAAAGGUGUAAUGUCUCAGUACAGACAACCUAAAGCUAAAUCUAUUUUCUGACACAUAUCUUAAAAACUGAACUAUCUUGUUAAUCAGCUUUCUGUAGAAGUGUCAGUUUUCCUUAAUGCACCUUCUUUUCUGUUUGUAGAUUCAUUUUCUUAGAAGAGAGAUCACUGUAAGCUAAUGGGCCUGGAAAAGAGUCAUACUGGACCAAGGACAUGAAAACACUUUGGGCCGUGCUAGUACGAAGGGCAGGUAGAGAAAAGAAAAUGACAGUUACAUGCAAAGAGAGCUUAGAGUUGACGAUGAGUAGAAAAAUGGGAAAAAGUGGGACAAAACAGGCUAAACACUUAUGUUUGGUUUUGGUGGGUUUUUUUGAUAGAUUAAGUGAUUAAGAAUAGUUAAUGAUUAAGCACAUAAUGGAUAGAAGUAAUUUUAUUGUUUAGACAAAACUAUACUUUUAAUCCCUGCAGGGGAAUUUUGUUGACUAGAAUUGGGAACAUUUGAGGAGUUAUUGAGCUUGUUAACAAAAGCAGCAUGAAGACAAUGCUUGAGGCUUUGAAGAUUUAGACUGAAUUUGAAUAAUGGUUUUUGAUCCAAUGAAAAUGAUAAAGUUUGCAAAAUGUCAAAGCAGCAAUAUCUCACAAGGCAUCUCAAAUCUCUUUACCUAUCUGGUUUGUUUUCAAAUACUGUAAUAAAAGAGAAGGAAAUGAUUUCAUGAAA